UUUUAUCUCUGGAUGAUGAUGAUGGGGAUGAUUAAAAACAUGGCAGUGUUGUGGAGACACUUCUCAUUGUUGCCCCCGAGCUGGAAGCAGCGUCACCACGUGACGGCUCCAGUGUGCGGGCCUGUGGAGCCACAGAGGCAGAGAAGAAGAAAGAUGGCGGCUCGGGGCGAACCCGAACGGGACGCCGGGCUAACGUUUUGAGCCUUCACACCCGGAGAGACGCGGGGGUACCACCGGGCCACCGCACCGUCUGGAUCCGCGCCGCUCCGGCUUCGUGGCGGUACCGCUUUCGCUCGCGUCGGCGUCCGCUAAACGAGCGCAACGACUGUGGGUGUAAAAUAAGAGCGAGUCGCUGAUCAUGAGAGGGAAGAGAGGCAGGCCGCCCAAAGCCCUGCCGACCGAGGAGGAGCCGUCCCCGGCCGCGGCCCGGGGCUUGCGACCGCGGCGGAACGUGAAGCCCAGGCUGCGGGACAGCGGGGACGAGGAGAGCCCCACGCGGGAGCCCGCCAAGCCGAGCCGAAAGAGGAGAGGGGGACCCGGCGGCACGUCAGCGCGGGGCAGGGGACGAGGCAGAGGCGGCGGCGGCAGAGGAGGCAGAGGGGGUCGCGGAGGGAGGCGGACGGCUGCCUCCAAGGCGGUGGUGUACGACGACCACGAGAGCGACGAGGACGAGGACGACGCCGUCAGCCUGAGGUCGGAGGAGGAAGAGGAGUUCGUGGCGGGGGAGCCCCAGUCCGAGGAGGACGAGGCCCUGAAAGAGGAGUCCGACUGCCUGGAAGAUGAUGUGCUGGACGAGGAGGAGGUGGUGGAGGAGGAGGAGGAGGUGGAGGAUGAUGCCAGCCACUGCACUGAGAGCAGCUUUCGGAGCCAGAGCACACACGCCAGCACCCCGGGGAAGAAAAAACUUCGGGCUCCCCGUCCUCGCACUCCCAUCCUGGAGGAGAAGGAGAUUCCUCCCCUGGAGCUUCCUGAGACCUCGGAGGAUCUCCUGGUGCCUAACGAGGAGCUGCUCAACGCCACCUCCAUCUACGAGGUGCUGCGGAACUUCAGCACGGUGCUGCGUCUCUCCCCCUUCCGCUUUGAGGACUUCUGUGCGGCGCUGGUCGGCCAGGAGCAGUGCACUUUGAUAGCAGAGACCCACAUUUCCCUCCUGAAGGCCAUCCUACGUGAGGAGGACUCCUCCAACACUACCUUUGGCCCUGCUGACCUCAAGGACAGCGUCAACUCCACUCUGUACUUUAUUGACGGCAUGACGUGGCCUGAGGUCUUGCGUGCGUACUGUGAGAGCGACCGGGAGUACCAGCAUGUCCUCCCGUACCAGGAGGUGGAUGAGUAUCCCUACGGUCCUACGGAAAGUAAGAUCAAGGUGCUACAGUUCUUGGUGGACCAGUUUCUCACCACCAACAUCGCCCGCGAGGAGCUGAUGUCUGACGGCAGCAUGCAGUACGACGAUCACUGCCGCGUGUGUCACCGCCUGGGUGACCUGCUGUGCUGCGAGACCUGCUCGGCGGUCUACCACCUGGAGUGCGUGAAACCGCCACUGGAGGAGGUUCCAGAGGACGAGUGGCAGUGUGAGAUUUGUGUGGCUCACAAGGUGCCCGGUGUCACAGACUGUGUAGCGGAGGCACAGAAGAUCAGGCCCUACAUCCGCCAGGAGCCCAUCGGAUAUGACCGGCACCAGAGGAAAUACUGGUUCUUAAACAGAAGGAUUAUUGUCGAGGAGGACGGGGAGCACAAGAAGAAGAAGAUCUGGUACUACAGCACCAAGGCGCAGCUGGAUGAGCUCAUUGAGAGCAUGGAUAAAGAGUACUGGGAGAUGGACCUGCAUGCCACGCUGGAGGAGAUGAGGGAGGAAGUGCAGGCUCACAUGGACAUCACAGAGGACCUCACCAACAAAGCCCGUGGAAACAACAAAGCCUACCUCACCGCUGUCAACGAUGUAAUCAUGGAGCAUAUGAAGGUCAGAAUGGAGGCGAAGAGGCGAGCAGAGGAGGGACAGCAGGAAGCAGAAUCUGGUUCUGUUAAAACGGCGGAAGACACUGCCGACUUCACCUCACAGCUCGAAAACAGCGAGCACAAAGUCCCAGAGUCCAGAGAAGAUGCUCAAGCGGCCUCGGUUCCUCCUGCUGCAGAGGAGAGCUGCAGGUCGGAUCCGAACCCCGGCUCAGCUUCCCAGGACUCCGCUGCGCCUAAAACAGAAUCCACUGAGACCAACGAGGAAACGGAGCCCGGUCACUCCAGGAGCCAGGAGAGUGGAGACUCUCCUCCAGCGGCAGAGCAGGAAAGAACAGAUGAGAACUUGAAAGCAGAGUUAAUCGGUGACAACUCACAGACACAAACUCAAGAUCAGCCUCCGCUGCCCUCGUCUCAGCCGGAGGCGAGUAGCGGCAGCAGCCAGGUGUCUGCAUCUGGGAGCGUCGGGAAACCAGACCUGCCUGACCUAGUUGAUCGGUCCUCACAGUCGUCUUUCACCAGUCAGGACGGGGCAGAGGAUUAUAACGAAAGGGUCCAGAGCGACGGAGGGAGAGGAGCAGCCCAGGAAGUGAAUAACCAAACGCCCAGAGGCAGCAAAGAGUCAUCCCCUGUUCGCUCCGACGUUGGGUCUUUGCGACUCAGCUUCUUGAAAAGGGACCUGACGGUGAAUCUGAACAGCUUAUUCAAGCUGGGUCAGGAGGGUAAAUACAGGGUCUACCACAACCAGUACAGCACCAACGUCCUGGCCCUCAACAAACAUCAGCACCGCGAAGACCACGACAAGAGACGGCACCUGUCGCACAAGUUCAGCCUGACCACCGCGUCCGAGUUCAAGUGGAACGGCUCCAUCUACGGCUCUCGGAGCCUGACGGUCUCCACCCUGCGUCUCACCAUCAUCCAGCUGGAAACCAACGUGCCCGGACCAUUUAUGCAUCCUAACUGGGCAUCGCACAGGAACAACUGGAACAAAGCUGUGCAGAUGUGCAGCAAGGCCAGGGAAUUUGCUCUGGCCUUGGCGAUACUGGAGUGCGCCAUCAAACCCGUGGUCAUGCUGCCUGUGUGGAAAGAUUCUCUCGGACACACGAGGCUACAUCGCAUGACCUCCAUGGAGCGGGAGGAGAAAGAGAAGGUGAAGAAGCGAGAGAAAAAACUGGAGGAUGAGGAGACACUGCAACAGGCCACCUGGGUGAAGUACACCAUCCCCAUCAAACAUCAGGUGUGGAAGCAGAAGGGGGAGGAGUACAGGGUGACUGGCUAUGGUGGCUGGAGCUGGGUCAGUAAGACCCAUGUACCACGUUUUGUUCCGAAGCUACCGGGAAACACAAAUGCAAACUACCGCAUAGAACUAGAGGCAGCUAAACUGAAAGAGAAGGAAAAUGCAGCAGCUUGCACAAAUAACCAGAAGAAGUUGAUGGAAGCUGAGAAGCAGGAUACAGCGGAUGAGGACAAGGAGCCAACGUCUCUCAUUGCAUCAGCUCAGAUCACGUCAUCAGAGGAGGACUGCAAACCUCAGAUCUCAAAAGAGGAAGAAACCCCCGCUGAGAAGAAGGAGGAGAAAGAAGUGGAGGAGAAAGAAGUGGAGGAGAAGACAGAAGAUGAAAAAAUGGAGGUUGAGCCCUGCCCAGAAACUGUUGCUUCAACUGAUGAGAAUGAUAAAGCUGAAGACAAAGGCUCGUCCUCGUCGACUGUGGAGCCUGUAAAGGGAGAAGCAGUCAAGAGUGUAGAACAACCCAAGGAAGAGGAGAGGGCUGCGUCGAAGCCGUACUAUGAUGUUGUGAACGUCAGCGAGGGCUUCCAGCUGCGGACGGCGUAUAAGAAGAAGGUAAAGCCGUCCAAACUGGACGGGCUCUUGGAGCGCCGGGUCAAACAGUUCACGCUGGAGGAGAAACAGAGGCUGGAGCGGGUGAGGCAGGCGGCCCUGCAGUCCAAGAUGGCGACCACGAAGACUCAUUUAGGGGUGAAGACUGAAGGAUCCAAGUUAGACAAACAGCAGCCGGCUGUGACCCCGUGUGUGAAAGCGGAGGAGAAGGAGGAGAGCUUACAGAUGAAAGACAACGUGGUUAAAAAGCUCGACUUUGAGCAGGAGGCGAAAACGGAGGAGGUGAAAUCAGAACCCACGUCAACAAACCACAACAAACAGACUGAGGUGAACGCUGUGCAGAGCGACAGUGGAGAGGUCUUAACCCAUAAAGAGGUGAACGGAGGAUCCUUAGCAAACAGUAACAAUUGUAUAUCAGAGGCAAUAGAAAAUAAAGAGAAGACACAGAAGCCCGAGGUGACUCGAGCGGGAGAGACUCCUAAAAAACGUGGGUUCGAGGAGAUGGAGAAAGUCAGCGGGCAGAGCGUCACAGAGAGCAUGGAGGUAGAGCAAAACAAGAGCAGCCCAGUGCAGGUGAAUGGACAAUCUAUGGUCCCUGCGCCUGCAGACUCAGUCCAAGAUGAUAUCAAGCCCGUCAAGUCUCUGAUGAAUGGAGGCCUCUCACAAAACGACGUGUCUGACUCCUGUCAUCCACCUCCCCUGAAAGUCCCCAAAUUGGAGAACCAUGUGGCGGAGAAAGGAGACGCUCUCGGUAGGAAAGAGGACGUGGACAGUGAGGGAACAACACCUGCCAAGCUUUCAUCCUCGAGCCCCUCCUGUAUGAAAAGCAACAGCUCCGACAACUGCAGUGGUAGCGAAGGUUCGACUGCGGAGUCCCAAAAUGUCCCGACAACCAGCAGCGUCACUAAGCCUGAUGGGACGCCUCAAGCAGCGAGUGGCGCAGUCUCCUCCGUCACCGCCUCCGCCGCCACCCAGUCCGGUGCCUCUGCACUUGUAGCAGUCGUCUCACAGAAGACCAAACAUCCAGUCGCCGACACCAAGACGGGAACGACUGGUUCAGCCGCAGGCAGCUCCAUGACGAUCAGUAAAGAGUACUCCACCAGAGACAGAGUCAGCCUCCUGAAGUUCUCCAAAUCCAAGAAGGCGCGUUCGGGCACCGCCCUGCCGUCCUACCGCAAGUUUGUUACCAAGAGCAGCAAGAAGAGUAUCUUCGUCUUGCCAAACGAUGACCUGAAGAGGCUAGCGAGGAGAGGAGCCAUCAGGGAGGUGCCCAUCUUCAACUACAACGCCAAGCCGGCCCUGGAUAUAUGGCCCUACCCUUCACCUCGGCCCACCUUCGGGAUCACAUGGAGGUACCGCCUCCAGACUGUGAGGUCACUGGCAGGGGUCAGUCUGAUGCUGAGGCUGCUGUGGGCCUGCCUGAGGUGGGACGACAUGGCUGUCAGAGCGACUUCUAAUGCAGGGGUAACACGGAAAGAAACCUCAGACACGGACAUCACCACGACAGAGAUUAUAAAACGAAGAGACGUGGGGCCGUAUGGCAUCCGCUCAGAGUACUGCAUCAGGAAGAUCAUUUGUCCCCUGGGGAACAGAGACACUCCCAAAGAGACCCCCACUCCACAGAGGAAAGGCCUGCGCUCGAGUGCCUUGAGGCCCAAGAAGCAGCAGCCGGCCAAGCUCACCGGGCCUAUCGCUGUGGAGACCUGGGUGCCCGAAGAAGAGAUGGAGCUGUGGGAGAUCAGGGCCUUUGCAGAGAGGUUGGAGAGGGAGAAGUCAGAUCCCUCCAAGACUGGCAGCAGCCUGAAGACUGCAGAGGACGUCAAGGCCCAUCUGGAGAAUCAGCUGAAACAGGCCAGACUGGCUGCCCAGCAGAAACGUCUGGAGCAGCAGAGACCAGGUACACCUGUUUCUAACACAACAGCCGCCACCACCUCAGCCAGCGCUACCGGCACUCCCAGCACCCCGGCGUCCUCGGGCCUGAGGACGGGUCAGGUCACACCCGGAACCAAGAUGGUCCUCGCCUCCAAACUGGGCUCAACAGUUUCCUUUCAGCAAGACAAGAAUUUCCACCAGUCGUUUGCUUCCUGGGUCAAGCAGGGCCAGACCAACAACAGCAGCUCAGCCUCCUGUGGCUCGGUGGCCACCGUGGCUAGCAGCAUCACCACCUCAGGGCAAACCUUCCAGAUCGCUGGCAGCCCAGUGACUGUGGCUGGCCAGGUCCUCGCUGCCAAACUCCCGCUGCCCGCUAACAGCAAGAUUGUCACGCUCAACAUGCCCACUACUCAAGGAGGUAGGGAGCACGGGUGUCAUCCAUUUCCGCUGGUUUGGGCUCACGCUUGCCAAAAUGGAUGAAAUGUUUGUGUCGUGAGAGGCAAAUAUCAGCAUG